AUGAUUUAGUAAUCAAAUUUUAACUUAAAAUGUGAAUAAGAUGAUCAUAAGGAUGAGAUAGAAACAGUUUGUUACAACCAGUAUUGUACAGAAUUUAGAUUGAAUUGCUUUUAAUGUAUGAAGAAAUGUAGUAUCCAUCGUGGUUAUUGUGAAGAAAUUAAAAAGAUUAAUACUUUGAUGAAUUUUAUUGAUAGUCAAAAUAUAGAAUGUGAUAAUUUGAUUAAUGAUCUUAAUACAUAUGUAUACAGUUUGAAUCAAUCAUUUACUUUAUUAAAAAUGGGAAUCAGAAAUAAAUAUUCUUUAUCAAGGAAAAAUUAUUACAUUCAAAUUCAAUAAUUAAAUUAAUUGAGUAUAAAUAAUCAAUCACAACAAUCAUUUCAGAAUCGACUAAGAAAUUAACUGAUACAUUUAAUAAUUUAUACUAAUAAUGAUAAUUAUCAUAAUUUAAUUAUUAUUAGAUUGAUGAUAAUUCUAUUAAAUUAUGUAAAGAGUUAUAUGAUAAAGGUAAUCAAAUUGUAUUAAUCAUUAGGUUAUGAUUUAAAGGACAAAUAUAAAAUCAUAUUUAUUAUAUAUAGGGGAGAUAAAUAUGCUGAAUUAAUAUUAUAUUCAUGAAGUUUACCCACACUAUCAAUAAAUUAAUAUCCUAUAAUUUUAUCAAAAAAAUCAAUGA